CACUCCACUGCAAAACUCCAGUCCCAAGGAGUCCCCCCUGGCCAGUGGCCACUACACUACACUAUUCUCCCCGCCUUAAAACAAAAGAAUCAGAGAGGGAGCGACACUUUCCAAGCUUCAAAGAAAUCUGCUUUCACUGAUUUCUUCACCGACGACUGGCCCUUGUAUUGUAUAGUUGUAUUUUGGGGUCUUUUAAUGGUGUAAACAAGGAAGUAACUGAGAGAGGCUUUUUUUUUUUUUUUUUUGUGUGUGUGGGGGAAAUGGAGGUAGAGGAAGAUGAAUACAGAAGGAAAGAGCGUAUAGCGCUGUUGAUAAUAGUGGUAGUGGCUUCAGUGGCCGUGGCCGCUUUGCUUGUUGCCUUCAGCUACUAUUGCUACAUUCGCAACAGGGUCUCCAAGCGUCGAAGCAACCUUCAAAGAGCUGAUAAUGAGGACAAAGGGGGCUUUCAAAACCUGCAAGUAGCGGCUGAGAAGGGACUUCAGGUGUUCACUUUCAAGCAGCUACAUUCGGCAACAGGUGGUUUCAGCAAGUCUAAUGUGGUUGGCCAUGGUGGGUUCGGGUUAGUCUAUCGUGGGGUGCUCAAUGAUGGCAGGAAAGUUGCUGUUAAGUUUAUGGAUCAGGCAGGAAAGCAAGGAGAAGAGGAGUUUAAAGUGGAGGUGGAAUUGCUAAGUCGGCUGCGUUCUCCUUAUCUGUUGGCAUUGAUUGGGUAUUGCUCAGAUAAUAAUCAUAAAUUGCUUGUGUAUGAGUUCAUGGCAAAUGGUGGUCUACAGGUGCAUUUGUAUCCUGCCAGCAGUGAUAAUCCAAUCUCCUUAAAAUUGGACUGGGAAACUCGAUUGGGAAUAGCUCUUGAAGCUGCAAAGGGUUUAGAAUAUCUACACGAACAUGUCAGUCCCCCAGUGAUUCACAGAGAUUUUAAGAGCAGCAACAUCCUAUUAGACAUAAAUUUUCAUGCUAAAGUUUCUGAUUUUGGAUUGGCCAAGCUUGGAUCUGAAAAGGUGGGUGGACAUGUUUCCACCAGAGUGUUAGGCACCCAAGGAUAUGUUGCCCCUGAGUAUGCCUUAACAGGGCAUCUGACAACAAAAUCAGAUGUCUAUAGUUAUGGGGUUGUGCUUUUGGAAUUGCUCACUGGCAGAGUUCCUGUUGAUAUGAAGAGACCUUCUGGGGAAGGUGUUCUAGUAUCUUGGGCUUUGCCACGGUUGACGGAUAGAGAUAAGGUUGUAGAGAUUAUGGAUCCUGCUCUGGAGGGUCAGUACUCAAUGAAAGAGGUUAUUCAGGUAGCAGCAAUUGCUGCAAUGUGUGUGCAGCCAGAGGCAGAUUACAGACCUCUGAUGGCAGAUGUUGUGCAAUCACUGGUUCCACUGGUGAAGACUCACAGGUCAACUUCAAAGGUAGGCAGCUGCUCUAGUUUCCAAGUCACUAAGUCGCCCACAGCACAUGAAUUUGGUAAAGCAAGUGUGUGAAACUAACUAGAGUGAGGUAUAAAUUAGGUCCAUGUUCUUCCUUAGCCGACUCCCAUUUUUGUGUGCCUUGUAAUCCCUGGCUGUUAGAGAAAAACUUUGUUGUGAUGAAAUCUGUAGUGUAGUGAGAUAGUUAUCCUGUUUUGAACUAAUAAGCUGCACCUAUUUAAGAUUCUACUCUAAAAAUAGUGGUUAAAUUAAAUGAUUUCUAUUGAAAAGAUGGGUCGAAGUGUUCUUGAAGCUCAAGGACAAGGAUUGAUUCAUUUUUAUGGUCA